CGAAGUGUGGCUUUGUUUGUGCAUGAACACGGAUUGUCUUUGCGAGAGAUGUGGGGAGAAAUUGGGAAGCUAAUGUUGGUACAUUUGUUACUGAUGGAGCUUCGUUCGUCGGAAGGGACUACAACGGAUUGUGAGACCGGCCAGUUUCAAUGUAGGAACGAAAGAUGUAUACCUACCAUCUGGCGGUGUGAUGACGACGACGACUGCUCCGACAACAGCGACGAAGAAAACUGUGCGAAGAAGACGUGCGCCACGACGGACUUUGCGUGUAAGAACGGCCAGUGUGUGCCGGCCCGGUGGCGCUGUGACGGAGAGCCCGAGUGCCCUGACGGUUCUGAUGAGGCCGACUCCACCUGCAGCCGGCAGACGUGUCCGCCGGAGAAGUUUGACUGCGGGGGCAGCGCCCACAAGUGCGUGUCGCUGUCAUGGAGAUGCGACGGGGAGAGGGACUGCGAGAACGGAGCAGACGAGGAGGAGUGCGCUGCAGACCGCAAAGCCUGCGCCGGCGAGGAGUUCCAGUGCCGCAACCGCGACUGCGUGGCGGCCAUCUUGCUGUGCGACGGCGACGACGACUGCGGGGACGGCAGCGACGAGGAGAAGUGCUCGGCGCCCACCUGCAGCCCGCGCGAGUUCCGCUGCAACAGCUCCGAGUGCGUCCCCCAGCUGUGGAGCUGCGACGGCGACCCGGACUGUCCCGACGGCUCGGACGAGUCCCCCGAGCACUGCGGCCGCCGGGCCCCGCCUCGGCCCCGCUGCGACCCCGGGGAGUUCCAGUGCGGCAGCGCCGAGUGCCUGCCGCUCCACUGGAAGUGCGACGGAGUCCCCGACUGCAAGGACAAGUCCGACGAGGCCAACUGCCCCGUGCUGACUUGCCAGCCAGACGAGUUCCAGUGUGGCGACGGCUUGUGUAUCCACGGCACCAAGCAGUGCAACAAGGUGUAUGACUGCCCCGACAACAGCGACGAGGCCGGCUGCAUCAACACAACCAGGUGUGAGGGCCCGCUGAGGUUCAUGUGCAAAAAUGGCGAGUGCAUUGAGGCCAGCAAGCUGUGCGACUCCAACAAGGACUGCAAGGAUUGGUCAGACGAGCCAGCCAAGGAGUGCGGCCUAAAUGAGUGCGAGGACAACAACGGAGGCUGCUCCCACAUAUGCAUCGACCGGCCCAUCGGAUAUCAAUGCGAGUGCCCCUCGGGAUACAAGCUCCUGGACAAGAAGACGUGUGGAGACAUCGACGAAUGCGAGAAUUCAGACGCCUGCAGCCAGAUCUGCAUCAACUACAAAGGCGACUACAAGUGCGAGUGUUACAAGGGUUAUCAGAUGGACCCGGUCACCAAGACCUGCAAGGCUGAGGGUAAGAGCCCUUACCUGAUGUUCACCAACCGCCAUGAAAUCCGCCGUAUUGACCUAAUGAAGAGGGACUACACACUGGUUGUCCCCAUGCUGAAGAAUGCAGUGGCGUUGGAUGUGGAUGUCAGCACCAACAAGAUUUACUGGACUGACCUCUUCCACCGCAAGAUUUACAGUGCGUUCAUUAGCAAGGCCAGUGACUCCGCCCAGCACACCACCCUGAUUGGCUCCUCCCUGCAGUCCCCUCAGGGCCUGGCAGUGGACUGGGUCCAUAAGAACCUGUACUGGACCGAUUCUGCGCGCAAGUCCAUUUCUGUGGCCUCAGCUGACGGCAAGAAGAGCAGAGUCCUGAUCGGGACGGAGCCCAGCGAGCCACGCGCCAUCGCAGUCGACCCCGCGCAAGGGUUCAUGUACUGGUCAGACUGGGGGGUGCAGGCCAAGAUUGAGAGGGCAGGGAUGAAUGGGGUGGACCGGCAAGUUCUGGUGUCCGAUAGCAUCGAGUGGCCCAAUGGAAUCACAUUGGACCUCCCUAACAGGCGACUGUACUGGGUGGACUCUAAGUUGCACCUCAUCUCCUGUGUGGACUUCAGUGGAGCCAACAGGAGGGUACUACUGGCAUCCCCCCAGCUGCUGGGACACCCCUUCGCCCUUUCAGUCUUUGAGGAUCGGCUGUAUUGGACAGACCUAGAGAAGGAGGCGGUCUACAGUGCUAACCGGCUAAAUGGCCAGGAGGUGACCGCGCUGGCCGAGCACCUCAACAACCCGCACGACAUCCUGGUCUUCCACGAGCUCCGGCAGCCCAAAGCUCUAGAUAGCUGUAACAUGGGGGGCAUGGUCAACGGGGGCUGUGAGUACCUGUGUCUGAAGGCUCCUCAGAUCACAGACAACUCCCCGAAGUACACCUGCUCUUGCCCCAACACCCACCAGCUGGGACUUGACAUGCGGCACUGCGUCAUCGCUGUUACAACAGCCGGGCCUAAAGAAUCAAUGACCAGCACCACCAUUGUCAUGGACGUAACCACAGCAUUGGCCGGCACGGCGACCGAUCCGACCAAUCCUCUGUCAGCGAUCUCUAGCACCUCCGUAAUGUCCAACCCCUCCAGCUCCUCCCCUCAAUCCGCUCUCGGGACCCUGCCCCCUGCUUCCAGCUCUGUGGAAGACAAUAUCAACCCUUCUCACAGGGGGGUAGUCAAAGCAGCAAUGGACCCACCAUUGAGAGGGUUACAUGAGCAAACUGCGUCCUUCUCUGUUGUUACGUUGUCUGUGUGUCUUCCAGCGGGACACCAGCUCCUAGGCAGCAACAUCACAGUGGCGGUGCUGGGCGUCGUCAUCCCCAUAGUUCCUGUCGUUGCCACAGUGAUGGUGGGCCUGCUGUGCACCGCCGCCUACCUGGUCUGGCGCAACUGGCGGAGGAAGAACACCAAGAGCAUGAACUUUGACAACCCCGUCUACCGGAAGACCACCGGCGAGGAAGAGGACGAGAUCCACAUCGGCCGGACGGCAGAGCCCCUGGGCCACGGCUACCCAGCCGUGGGAGGCGGUGCCUGCCCCGCCUUCAUCGCCCUCCCCCUAGGGGGCGCUGUGCCGGAUACGGCCACGCACUGGUACUCGGGCCAGCCCAUGCUGUCUGGCACGAAAUGAGAACGGGGUAUAGGGGCCGGGUCAGGCCCCUGGGACGGACAGAACAGCCACACGGAUGACGCACAGAGCCCCUCCCCCCUCCUCCGCCCGCCAGCCAGGAUUGGCCUCCUGUUCAGCCUCCGUCACUCCCCCCCGUUACGGCUCCUCCCUUCACAGGCUGUACAGUCGAGGAAGGGCCGGACAGCUGAGGUCCAGUGGUGUGUCCAUUCUUCAUCCUGAAAAUGUCCUUCAUGUUCUGGAGGCACUGAAGAGCAGGGGCUGGUCCUUGGCUUGGGGCUGCUCUCUUUCGAGAGAAGAGCAGGGCAUUUGUCGAGCGGUCUUGAGGAAGGGACGGCGCAGUAGCUGCACCUUAAUUGACGGGACAAUCCGACGUUUUGUUUUGUUCGAUAAUUGAAUAGGCGGUUUGUUUUCAGCAUUAUCUUUAGCGUUGCAGUGUGUUUUAUGUGUCUUAACUGUUAGCCACCCUACUGCCUCGUAGAAUGUGCUCUGCAGCAGAAUGAAAGAAAGCCAGGGAUGUUGAUGUGGAGACGGCUGCUAGUCACUGAGUCACUCACUUACUCACUCAAUAACUCACUAACUCACUAACUCACUUAGUUAUUCAGUCACCAACUUCAGAGAGUCAGUCCCUUUUUUUUUCUUUGUUUUCUGUCUUCACAUUUUCUUUGAAGGUCCAUGUCAGUGAGUCUAGUCCACAGAGCAUUUUCACCAUUUUACCACUGUACGAUUAAUUGUGUUCGUUUGAACACUGCUCAGUGGGGACUAAUUGCGCUGCUCUUCAGUGCAUGUUUUUGAGCUUUUACCCUUCGCAUGCCCUGAUACAGCUGGCAGCAGGGAGCAGCUACACGCUACUCUGUAUUCAGUAUUUUGUAGCUUAAUUACGGUGAUGUUUGCAUUCCUAAUGAGCCAUUGCGUGUUGUGACAUGGAAGGUAAGUAUGGAGGUAAAAGUCUGGUGCUUGAUUCUCAAGUGACGAGGUGGUGUCAAGCUUUCAAAUCACUGAUUUCAAAGUGAAGCUUCGCGGCUCGGUUCAGAUCUGGUGGUAGCAGAAACGGAAGUUUCGUUACGUGGCAGGGACACCUGUCAUUUUGGGUGGUGUCUCGAAGCAGCACCUCCUCAGCCCACUAACUAAUAGUGCUACUCUACUCCACGUCCUGCGGGCCGCAGUGUCUGUAGGUAUUUGCUCCUACCAUGCGCUACAUCACCUGAUUUCAUUAAUUAUUUUACCUGCUUGGUUCAGAUAAUAAGCUAAUUAGUGAAAUCAGGUGUUGGUUAUCAGGUUCAAGGGUUCAAACUGGGUUCAAAUUGUAUCUGUAUGGUCACGCAAGGACUCGGAACCGUACUUUUCCUCAUCGCACUUGUCCCUGUGUUCGAUUUGCACUUCAUUGUACGUCACUCUGGAUAAGCGCAUCUGCUAAAUGGCUGUAAUGUAAUGUAGCGCACAGUAGGAGCCAGUACCUGCAUACACUGCGACCCGCAGGACGUGGAGCUGAGUAGCACUGCUGUAGUUCCUUACUCCUCCUCCCACAAAUGUCCGAGAUGUAUAAAAAUCAUUCAGACGCCCCACAAUUUGUGGGUUUUCAUCAGAGGAGAGAGACAAAUAGGAGUGCGUUUGAGAUUUUGUAGAGCGAUAUUGUCAAUAAUGGCAGAUUCACAUGAGAAGUCCUUUGUAUGGGACCAUUUCCCACAAUGGACCUCGUUGAGGGUGUGGCGCAUGUUUUGCGAUCGGCACUUAUUCACCAGUUCUAUAAAAAAAAACACUUCUUCAGUGCUUCGCCACUGGCGGUUAAUGCAUCCUAAUAUUACAACGGCACUAUCAAAUCCUGCUGCAAUUCAAGCUCGGUCAUUUACGUGAGGUAUAAUACGACAAUUGUGUUUAGUCAAAGUAGCAAGAUAGCCCUGAAAAGUUGAAAGAGAAUAACUACUAUUAUACUCAUAGUACUACUACUACUAAUAAGAAGAAUAACAACAUGGAUAGAAAUAUGGCUACCUACAGUGAGUUGGGGGAAAAGUUGAAUGAUACUUUUUUAAUAUGGCCCAGUAAAAAACUAGUGAAAAACUAUUACAUUCAUUGGAAUUUAUUUUUUGCAGCCAUGCAAGACGUAGAUGAGGCAUUUUGUCAAUAUCAUGCAUUAUGCUCAUGGAACACAACACAUUUUCAUUUCACUUCAAUAGUUAUAAUUAUCAUCAUCUCAUCAUCAUUGUGACAAUGGGUUUAAUUUAUACAACGCCUUUUGUGAAUAGACUCAGUUGGAAAGGGCUUUGAGAAAACAUUGCAAUAGCAUUCAUGUUCAAACACUGAAUUACAGUCAAGAGGUUACGUUUCAAUUCCAAUUCACCCCCGCUGUCAAGAGUAAUGACGGGCAUAUUUAUUGACCAGGAGAUGUGAGUAGAGAGGCCAGUGUCCAAUGCUUCAUGACAUUUCAGCCAAUGCAAUCGCUUCAUUUGUGUAUUUGCUUCAGAAAGCUUUGCUCAUUGAGCUACGUGAAGCUGAAAGCAGAGAGAAUGGGGUCCAUUGAGAGCUGUCCUGUAUCUGGAGCUCCAGCAGGGGGCAACAGACUUACUGCUUAGUAACAUGAGGUUACUUUCAGAUCAUUUGUUCAGUGGUGUUUUGAUGCAGGUUCAAUCUGCGGCAACUAAACACAACUUUAUUCAUAUAAUUUGAUUGGGAAAAGUAAAUGUAUUGUUCUUAGGAUCCACGUGGGAUCCACGUUAGUUUUAUUUAACCACUAACAUAUUGUUGGUUAAUUGGAGAGACUUAGGUGUGUCAGAAUUUAAAUCCAUGUUCGAUCAAAUCUAUUUUUUCAAACAAAAAUCCAGUCUUUUUCUUCAUUAGUACUGAUGAUGGAAAGGGCAAUUAAUUGAUAUUAAUAAUUUUCCUGCCCAGAAAUGUGAGAGCUCUUUGCAGCAAGGCAUUAAGAUAGGCAUUUAGUGACACUCUCAUUCUGAGAGACAGCCAUCAUCAUUUUUUAUUGUACAGUUUCAACUCCUUGUCUUUUGUGCUGGAAACCGGUAAAUAUAGGGAGUGUGUCUUACUGCACCUUAUCGUUCAGGCAGGGAGAGUGAUUUGGAGCCCAGGGGGUGUGGGUGUGUGAGUGAGUGUGUCUGCAGGCACAAGUUUGCUCAGUGUAUAGCUACUUAUCACUUUCAUGCGCUGCUCGUAACUCUUCAGUUGUACUGUCAUUUCUGUAUGCAGGAUGCAGAGUGUUCUGUCAUGGCUUCUCCAGAGUUAGGGCCUCUUAAGAAUGAGGGCUCUCUUAGGGCUUUUUCUGAGUGAACACUCUUAUCAGGGCCUCUUAAUAAUGAAGGCCCUGUUAGGGCUUUUUCAGAGUGAACACUAUCAGAGACUCAAGAGUGAGAUCCCUGUUUGGGCUUUUUCAGAGUAAACACUCUGUUGGGGCUUUUUCAGAGUGAACACUUUGUUCGGGUUUUUUCAGAGUGAACACUUUGUUCGGGUUUUUUCAGAGUGAACACUUUGUUAGGGUUUUUUCAGAGUGAACCAUCGUUGAGGCCCUCAACAGUCAGGGCCUCUUAACAGUGAGGGCCCUGUUAGGGCCACUUAAGAGCCCUAACAGAUGAAACCAUCAGUCAAAACCACUUCAGUGAGAGUACUCUGUCACCUCUUCAGAUCCUCAUCUGAUGUAUCCUCCGAUGUCCCUUGGAGUUCGACAUGGAUACCCCAUGUCACUGUGUUUUCGGAUGCCAUGACCCAUUUUUUUGUUUGUCUUGUUCAUAAUAAGUCUCAUUACAUACAGUAACUUCCAGAAGAAGUUUAUAUAUCUCACCCAAGCAAUAUAAAGCAUGACCUAUAAUGUGAAUAUUAUUAUAUAAUGCAGGACAUUCUAUUGAGUAGUUUUUCAGCCAUUGGGAAAAUAGCUGUAAGUAUUUGGUCAAGCAAUUUGAGAGUCUUUCAUUCAGGAGGCUGGUAAAAUUCCAUUUGUAGCUCUUCUUUGCUGUACUUAUCCUGAAACAGCUGCAGUAUAUAAAUUGCUCUGUUAACUACUAAGUAUAUACAGCUAAGUAAUAUUAAUAAUAAUGGCAGUUCACACAUUUCACAUAAUAAUACGUGCUGUACCUGCCAGUACAGUAUAGCUGGCUGUGCUUUUUGGUUUCUAUUCUAUGCAUUUAAAUGGCCAUUUCCACUGAUGUCCUGCAGGAAUGUGGCUGACAUUCUUCACCCAGUCCCCAUCCAGCCACCCCCAUGCCCUCGUUCCCACCAUCCUCCCUCGUGUUGUUUGGAAAAGGCUGUCUACUGAAAGAGAGAGAGAGUGACUGUAAAUGAGUUAAGACAGACUGCAGGGGCUCUCCAUCCUUUACUGGUCCCGCAAUUCAUUCACAGGGUCCCCCCUCCACAGAGCUUGUUUGUGUCUUUGUCUGUUUUAGAUAAGCCUGGUGGUUAAGCAUGACUGUGUCAACAUUGCCCUGCUAAGAAAAAAACUGCUCAAGCUGGGUUUUGAAACUAGGUUUUGGUAGCUGGUUGACCAGCUAGACCAGCUCUAUACUCAACACGGUUCGACCAGCUCAAGCUAUGUUUUGUAACAGCUGGUAGCUGGUAUUUCAAGCUGGAUUUACCCCAGGGCAGUGUGUUUGGUGAGUGUGGCCAUUCCUUCCCCCGCAAGUUCUUAAGUUUAGUUGUUGUGUAUUACUUGAAAACCAAGAUCAGGUUCCGACUUUGGACCUGUCAGUAUUAAAAUGGGGAUGUACAGAGGUAUGAGGGUAGCGGUGUGUGUGUGUGUGUGUGUGUGUGUGUGGGGGGGGGGGGGGUUAUGACGGUCUAUCAAGUCUUCUGGAUUCUUUUCAUUCCACGGUCAAACAGGAAAGGUUUUUGUACUUCGUUUGUUGCACAAAGCUGUCAAAAUGCCUUCUGCACUGUGUAAAUUAGAACUAAAGAGAGAAGGUUGACAAUUAUCUUUAUGGAUUUGUUUUGAAUCAUAAUUUGUAAAUACAUUUUCAUACUGCAGAAUUUUGAUAAGCUUUUGAACAUUUCUGUAAACAAAGUAAAAAAAAGAAUGUGAUUAUAGGCCAUAUAUGAAUUCAUUUGUAUUCAAGAGCACUGGGUUUCUGUACUACUUGAUUGUAACAGUUAAUAAUCUGCCAAAGUGUUUAUAUGUUUAAUUUUUGAACAGUCAAGCAUUGCAGAAAGUGGAAGGGCCUACUGUAUUUUGUUCUCUGACAUUGUUUUACAGGUAGUUAAUUGUUUAGAUUGUCUAUCAUUUAUUUAUUGGUGCCUUGUCUGCGUUAUGUAUAUUUUAGAAUAUUUUAUUUAGGAACCUAUAUAUUUAUGUUACUAUGUCUCUACUGUAUGCCAAAAUGGUCUCACUUAUGUUUCUAUGAAAUUAAAUUUCAUAAAUAUUUAUAUUGAUAUAUAAAAUGUAUUUUAGAAAUUACUCAUUUUUUCCCUCUCAAGUUUAUCAUCAAAAGCCGAAAGAAAUCCAUCUUUUGAAAAUAAAAAUCUAAAUUUUUCUUUAAA